AUGGCGAUUCAGCUCCCCGAGAAAUUUAAAAUUCCAGCCAUCCAAACUUAUACCGGGAUUGAAGAUCCCACCGAGCAUCUCGACAACUAUAAGAUGCACAUGGAUCUGCAGGGGACUCCUCAGGAGAUGGAAUGCCGAGCCAUUCCACUUACCUUGUCUGGUUCAGCUCGGGAUUGGUUCCGAAAACUCCCUUCGAGUUCCAUCACAUGUUUUGAUGAUCUCGAACGGAAAUUCGUAACUCAAUUCCUGCCCCGCAAGAGGAAGAAGCCUUCUGGGCAACUGAUGGCGAUGCGCCAAAAAGAAGGCGAGUCUCUGAAAGAUUAUGUGGUCCGAUUCAAUCAAGCGAAGCUCACAGUUGAUAAUCCAACCGAAGAAAUGGUCUAUGCUGCCCUCUAUCAGGGCUUACGGGUGGAAGGGCCCUUGAUGUCAGAAAUUGCUCUCAAUCAUCCUAAAAAUUUGACCGCCCUCACGGACGUGAUUGAGAAGUAUGUAAACCAAAAGGAAACCCUCACGGCUCUGAGGGAAUUCCAAAAGCAGAAGGUUACGGAGUCAAACAACUUCGGAAAAAAAGGAAAAAAAAAGGGCUAG